AUGAAUGUGAUCAAGCAGAUGCUGUCUCUGGCCUGUAUCAUCCUGUCCUGCCUGGGCAACGGGAUGACGCUCAUCGGGGUCUACCUGCUGUCCGUGCAGACCGAGUUAAAGUUGACCUGGAAGACCGUCCCUGCCUAUAUGUUGAUCCUCUUCGGCCUCAUGGUGGUCCUCAUCGGGUUCUUCUGGAACAUCUGUCACAGCAUAAAGAGCAAGAUGUACCAGAGACGAGCACCUGAGCAGCAGAUCUACACCAUAGACAGACCAGGCUCCUUUCCCCCGUCGUACGAGGACUCCCAGCUAGGCCAGGUCUCUUCGGAUGCACCCCCCGAGUCUGCGGUUGUGGAUGUUGAGAUGAGCCUCGCUCCUCCUCUGUACAGCCAGGACAGCUCAGAGGCCCCGGACUGCACGUGGAGCUGGGAGCAGCCUCCUCGGUACAGUGAGGUGGGGCAGCAGGGACAGGGGGGUGCAGAGGAGCUGAGGGGAGAAACGUUGUCCCCCCCCACUGACUGAGAGAUGAGAU